CUCGUCCACGGCCAGGAGGAGUACCUGCUCAAGUGCACGUCGCCGCCGUCGGCGGCCGCCGCGGCCCUCGAGGCGAAGACGCGGGCCGCGGACUGGAAGGCCCACCACGCCGCGGGCGAGACCAAGUUCCUCUUCAGCGACUGUUGGACGACGGACGUCGUGGAGGCGAAGACGCUCGCCAUGUUCGCGGCCAUGCUCAAGGCGCGGCGCGUCCUCGAGAUCGGCAUGUUCACGGGCUACGGCGCUUUGACCAUCGCCGAGGCGCUCCCCGCCGACGGCGAGAUGAUCACCUUCGAGAUCGACCCGUUCCUCGAGCGCUUCGCGCGGCCCGUCUUCGACGCCUCGCCCCACGGCUCGAAGAUCGACGUCAAGAUCGGCGACGCGCUGGCGAACCUGAAGGCCUGGCCCGCGGACAAGAAGUUCGACAUGGUCUUCGUCGACGCGGACAAGGGCUCCUACCAGGCCUACUACGACACCGUGCUGGACCGGGGCCUCCUCGCGCCGGGCGGCGUCGUCGUCGUCGACAACGUGCUCUUCAAGGGCGCGCCCUACGUCGGGCCGUCCAAGUUCGACAACCGGUCCUGGAACGACGGCGGCGCCGCCGUCGCGGCCUUCAACGACCACGUCGCCGCGGACGACCGCGUCGAGCAGGUCAUGCUGCCCAUCCGCGACGGCAUCACGAUCAUCCGCCUCAAGGACCAGCCGGCGCUCGCGCCCGUCGCCGCCGCCGCCGCGCCCGUCGUCGCCCAGGCGCCCGAACCCGUCGUCGUCGCGCCGCCGGCGCCGCCCGCGGUCGAAGUCGCGUCCGACGCGGUCGUGUCGGGCGUCGGCAACAAGCCCAUCCUCGACCGCAUGCGCCUCGACGGCAAGGCGGCGCUCGUCACGGGCGCGGGCCAGGGCAUCGGCCGCGCCUUCGCCCACGCGUUGGCCGAGGCCGGCGCGGCGGUCUGCGUCGCGGACCUCGACUUGGACCGCGCGAAGGCCGUCGCCGCGGAGCUCGAGGCCAAGGGCGCGCGCGCGUACGCGCACAAGGCCGACUGCGGCGACCCGGCGGCGAUCGCGUGCAUGGUCGACACGGUCGUCGAGAAGUUCGGCGCCAUCGACAUCGCCGUGAACAACGCGGGCGUCAACAAGAACUCCGCGGCCGAGGACACGCCGCUCGCGGACUGGGACCUGACGUUCAACCUAAACACGCGCGGCGUCUUCCUCUGCUGCCAGGCCGAGGCGAAGCACAUGCUCGCCAAGGGCUGCGGCAAGAUCAUCAACACGGCGUCCAUGGCGUCGCUCCUCGUGCCCCACCCGCAGAAGCAGGCGGCCUACAACUGCUCCAAGGCCGCCGUCGUCAAGCUCACGCAGAGCCUCGCGUGCGAGUGGGCCGGCCGGGGCCUCAACGUCAACUGCGUGAGCCCGGGCAUCGUCGACACGCCCCUCAUCUGGGACAACCCGGCCCUCAACAAGCUCGCGGACCAGUGGCUCGCGCAGAUCCCCGCGAACCGGCUGGCGCAGGUCACGGACCUCCAGGCCGCCGUCGUCUACCUCGCCUCCGAGGCCUCGGACUACAUGGUCGGCCACAACCUCGUCAUCGAGGGCGGCCAGUCCCUCUGGUAG